AAUGUCCUCUGGAUACUGUGGAAAGUUCUUCUACUGCACGCUGAUGCUGUCGGUGAUCGUUGCAAGGCCGCAGGUAAGCGUUAAGACGACUCUGGGUGUCCGUCAUGGCACCCAGUUGAUCGUGGACUUCCCGAAUAUUGGAUGGUACGUGUUCGUGUCAGCACUUGCAACCGUUCUGGCGCUGUUGCCGACAACGAAAAUCCCGCUGGCCUGUGCUGGUCGCCAGUUUCGACGACGGUACUACAUCUAUUUGGUAUUGCCAUGGGUGAUGACAUGCUGUGUGAAGUUCGCGGACAACCUAAUUACCCAGAUAUCGGCACUAUCGCAUUCGCUGGGAAGCAAUUACGCACAAGAUAUCGCCAUAGGGAUCGUCAUCUACUGCAUUAUCUUUGGACUGGCGGUCGAAGUCAUGCUGCACUGGUACGUGCUCUACCAACUUCAGAAGGAUGGCAUCUACACUAUUGUUACAACGAAGCUCGAGGAUCAAUAAAGAUUAGUUGAAUGUUGCAGCACCAAUGCGUGGCAAUGUCCAUUAAA